UCCUCGCGGAGCCGAGAGACCGAGCUCCCGGGUAGGGACUGUCGGUGCAGCGCGGCCCCCGCGGCUGGGCUGACAGCGCCCGCUCGCUCCUGGCAGCCGCCUGGCACCGGCGGGACUCGCUGCCGCAGGAUCGCGGGACCUGCCUCGGCUUAGCCCGGGCCGCUGGUCUGGUGUCCGGAGCCCCUGAGGGGCAGCGACGGGAGCCUGCUGCAGGAGAAGUUGCUUCCUAAGCCUGACUUGUGUCCAGCCCCAAGGGCUGGUGUCCCUGGCGCUGCGGGCCUGUCCAUGGGCCUGCGGAGGUGCCCCUGGCCGCAGUAACCUUAAACCCUCUUUUACACACUGCCCAGCCCUUGGCCUCGGAUGUCUAGUAGCGGUGAGUUUCACUGGCUAAUUGGGUGUUGUGUAAAAAUAUUUAUUUGUUUCCAGUUUUAAAUUUGCUGCCCUUGGAUUUCAUUGGCUGUUAUCUUGUUCCCGUGUUACAGGAGAAAUGAACAGCACAGCCAUACCUGAUCUUGCUUCACUGCACCAUUCAAUAUUUUAUAUGCCUCUUUCAAGAAUCCUUUUUACUCAUCUCCUUUUUACAGUAAUAACCGUCUUUGGCUCUAAUAAUUUUCAUCUUCCAUGUCUAUUUCUGCUAUAUCCUUUUGGAGAUAGGGUGAUGUGAGUGAAACAGUAUUGAAACAGGAGAUGUAUACCACUGAUCUAUAAAUCAGCUCAAAUGGCUUAAAUCUAGCAAAGUUAUAAACAACUGAAAACAGGUCUUGGAGUCAAAGGUGUCACACAACUUAAUCUAUAGGUGUGACUACCUUUGUCACAUUUAAUAAUGGAGUGAUAACAUUUGCAGGAUUUUCAGAACCAUACUAUCAAUCAACUUGUUUACUUUCUUCACUGCUGUUGUGCAUUCACCUAGAGAACUUCAUUAUGCUGUGUAUAGUGACAACACAGUUCUUUUCCCUGAGAGGUUACAUUUAAUUUAUAACCUAGUAAAUUGUAUGAGUUGAUCAAAUCAUCCUUUCCAAUGUGUAUUACUUAGAUGAAAUUCAGUGCUGACAAAUUCAGUCAUUCAUGGUAAGAUUGCUAUAGAUCAGUGGUUCCCAAACUUUAACAAUCCAUGAACCCCUUUCACUAAAGUGUCAAGUCUUGUGAACCCUGUCCUAAUAAUGAAUAUUUCCAGGGAUUUUCUCCCUUACCUCAGCAUAAAUUAUAAAAGCAGUGAUCUUGGAAAUAUAAAAUGUGUUUUUAUGACAUGCUUAUUACACACUAUGUAUUAAUUAUUAUUUAUCAUUACAGUAUUUUUAUUACAUUAUGAAAACAGCAACACUCUUCCAUGAUCUCACUUUUGCAGCUUGUAUCAGUUUUGAUUAAACCUGUUAUAAGACAAGGUUCCUAUCAGAGGUGCCAGUAGAAAAAAGGGGUGUGGGGGCACUGCUGGAAAAGUGGGGGGGCCUGCAGGGGUCACCAGAAAAAAGGGAGGGACCCAUGGAGGGUGGUCGUGCCAAUGCGGGGGCAGCAUGUGACCCUUGUUGCCCCCCAGUACUGGCGCCUCUGGCUUCUAUGUUUCAUCAAGGAGUAUCGGAUGUGAAAUAGCAUGGAGCCAACUCCGGUAUUUAAGAAGCCAAAGAGUUCCUCCUACACAAGCAUUCAGGUCUUGAGCAGUCCAGGCAAACAAUGCACGUUAUAACAAAGCUUAAACUUGUUCUUCAUAAUAAUUUAAAAACAACACUAGCCGCCUAUUUAAUUUUAAAAACUUUUAAACUUUUAAAAAAUUUUAAAAAAAUUAAAAAAAAAAUAUCCACCUCCCUUUCUAUUUUGUAUAAGGAGUCUUGAAGUUUAAAUCACCUCAGUGUGAUAGAUAUGCUUGCUUUGAUAUGCUUAGCUCUUGGAACUCCCCAAGGGCUGCUGGCCCCAUGCUGCUCGGGGUCCCUAUGGACAGCUCUGUCUGCCAUUAAGGAAUUUUUUCCUGAGAACCCCCUGUAACAUAUUGUGAACCCCCAGGGGUUCACGAACCACAGUUUGGGAACCACUGCUAUAGAUAUCUCUUCCUUUUAGAUAAAAAUUGUAUCUUCAGGAAUGCCAUCUAGGGCCUUAUGUUCUGAAUAUAUUGGCUAAUGUGUUCAAAAUCUAGUUAUAGUGGAUUUUGAACACAUUAGCUAAUAUAUUGUAGUUUUUUAAAAUAUGUGUUAGCUGGUGGAGAAAAUCUAGUGGUGAGCUCAUGGUGAUGCCUGUUUAUGCUCUAAGAUAAAUGUUAUGAAGGCUCUAAAAUACUCUUGCUCCAGGGCCUGAGGCCGAUUGCAGGGUUGGGUCAGGAAGAAAUUACACCUAUCCCUGGGAGGUGAGGUUGAUUGCCAAGUUGGUUUGGGAAGACAUUUUCCUGUCCUUUGGGGGAUGAGGCUUAUUGCUAGCCUGGGUGAGGUCAGGAAGAAAUACCCCCACCUCGAGCUACUCUAUGGUUCAGUUAGGCAUUUUUGUGGGUGUUUCACCACAUUUUUCUCUGAAGAUUCCAAUAUUGGUUGCAGUUAGAGAUGAGAUCCUGAAUUCGCUGGACCUUGGUUUUUCUGUGUUGUUAUAUCUUGUGUUCCUAAUCCUGCUACCCUUCUUAGCUGUAUGUAUGCAGCUUGUAGUUGUGGGUAUUGUGAUGUUCACGCGUAUGUAUGCUUUGCAGAAAGAGAUGCACUCCAUAAAGAGAGAUGCGGUUCUGAAUAGAGCAAGAUAUUCUUAUGUGAGAGAUCCCAGGGAAAGGGAGAGUACUGUGAAGUGCGUUGGGCUUCUCAGAAAUGACAUGUGGUUGAGAGGUAAACUCCUGAGAGAGAACAAAACUGGGGCAAUUAACUGGAAAUUGGAGAGCCUGGUAAACCUUAUCAGAAGUGUUGGGGUUUUCAGUAGGAAUCCAGAGGUUACUGCAGGGCUGAUGGAAUGAGGCUUUUGGAGAAUUUGCUGGCUGUUGUUUCCAUUUCCUCUUUAGUGAAAUAACUUUUCUGUUCUGAGCAGUGUUCCACUGUGGCUCCAUGAACGGACCAUGGGCUUCCAGGGAAAAUAACUAUACAAGUUCUUUCCAAGCACAUUUAAAGUGUCAUCAUGAUGGAACGUGGGCUUGUGCCAAAAAGCCGCUAAAGCUGCGUUGUCUGAAAGGGCAGAGCUACUGGCUGUGAGGGGGAGGAGGCAGAAGCAGAGUGAACUCCCUGCCACGCACAGACCACUUGAGAGUUGUUUGGAUGAGUCUGGGAUGAACUUUCCAGGUGCAUUGCUUGAAAACAGCUUGCAGAAAGAACUAAAAGGCUUCUUCAGCUUCAGCAAGGGACUCCAGGCAGUUUCAGGAGCAUCUUGUAGAUUGGCCAGCCAGGCUGAAACUGCUCAGCGAUGAUGGGGCAAAGGUUUCUGCUUCAUGGGACACUUGCCUUGUUUCUGCUCAGUGUCCCCUGUGAAGCCCAGGAGUUCCAAGGCGGCAAGGUCACCACUGGUGCCAGUCCUCUGUGUGAGAAAGAGACCGAGUCCUGGGGAACAUUGUUCAGUGGGGAGCGACUGGAUGCUUGGAUAUUUUCUCUGAUUGGCUCAAUUAUGGUGGGGCUGAGUGGAGUCUUCCCCCUGCUGGUAGUUCCCCUUGGGACAGGAGCUGCCCUGCAAUCAGAAGUGGGAUCCAAUCGUUUGAAGCAGCUGUUGAGUUUUGCAAUUGGUGGGCUUCUGGGGAACGUAUUUCUGCACCUCCUCCCUGAGGCUUGGGCCUACACCUGCAGCGCCACUGCAGGAGGUGGGCAGAGCUUGCAGCAGCAGCAGCUUCUUGGCCUCUGGGUGAUCAUUGGCUUCCUGACCUUCCUGGCACUGGAAAAGAUGUUCCUAGAGAGUGAGAGGCAAGAAUGGCCCAGCACAGGCAAUAAUUCCAAAGCAUCUUCUAGAGGGACUCCAAAUGGAAACAGCUUCUCCCUGCAGAAAGUAGCAGGCAAAGUCCAAAGAGCAAAGACAAACAAGGCUCAGUGUAAUGGCUCCUCUCUCUCAUCUCGCCCACCGGACCGAAGAAUCAAGAUCAGUGGAUACCUUAACCUGUUGGCCAAUACCAUUGAUAACUUCACACAUGGCCUGGCGGUGGCAGCCAGCUUCCUGGUUAGCAGAAAGGUUGGGCUCCUAACCACUAUGGCAAUCCUACUGCACGAAAUCCCACAUGAGGUAGGAGAUUUCGCCAUCCUGCUCCGGGCUGGGUUUGACCGCUGGAGUGCAGCCAAGAUGCAGCUUUCCACAGCUCUGGGGGGAAUUCUAGGAACCUGCUUCGCAAUCUGUUCUCAGUCGCCUAAAGGGACAGGGGAAACCAUAGCUUGGAUUCUCCCAUUCACCUCCGGGGGAUUCCUGUACAUUGCCUUGGUAAACGUUGUGCCUGACCUUCUAGAGGAGAAGAAUCCCUGGAACUCUCUGCAGCAGGUCCUUCUCCUGUGCACAGGCAUUACAGUCAUGGUGCUGCUCUCAGUCACUACAGAAUGACCUCCACUCAGACCUCCUCAUGCUGCCUCCCAGAGCUGCAUUGACUUUGAGCUGUUACAAAGCAAUAAGGAACACUAAUGUAACUUCCUGUGUGUGCGCUUGUGGGUCCAGCUACUAGCGAGAGAGGCAGGUGAGAAAAAGAGGGAGUCAUUGGGGAUGCUGGACUCCAUUCCCUGGCUCUUCUAUCCCUGCUCUGUUAAAAGCCCACAAACCAGGGCUUCCAUUGUUGGUAUUUUAUGGAGUGAAAGCUUUUGAGAAGCAGAAAUGAACCAAGAACCUGUUCCAAGAACAGACUGUGUCUCACCCUGAAGUAAGAACAAGUGUUGGAACUGCACAUCUUAAGCUGCUGAGUGAAUAGGACAAGAUCCCUUUAUCUGGCAAAGAAGGAUUUACCUGCUGGUCCAGGCCCAGAGAGAAAACAAUUCCCAAAGCAGCAGUAAACCACAAACAUUCCCCAGUGCAGCCUACCUAGCAGGAGCAAAGGUACUAUCAAAACCACAUAGUUAGAUAGACAUGAGAAGGCCCAUUCCCACUCAGCCCUCAUUUAUCAGUAGAAAAAUGGGAAGGUGUCAGCCUGGACAGUCUGCCUCUCCAAGUUCCUCUGCCUUAGCUUUGAAAUCAGGCCUAAUACUUGGGGCAGGUUGGAAUAGGAGGUUAUAUAGCUUAGCCUGAAAGCUUCUGCCUUUAACCUUAACUCUCUCUGUUUAGAGAACCUAUCCCCUCCCAUGUUCAACACAGCCUAGGUGCAUAUUUGAGAAAUGGUCAGCAAAUGUUUCCUGUCAUCCCAGGUCAUCAACUCGCCUGUAUCUGGGGUAAACCUGCUCAGUCACUGCCCCCCUCCUAAGGCCUCUUAUCAGCAAGUGGAGAGUGAGCAGGUCUGGACUCUGGCUGCCACCAGAGGAGGAAUGUGGGGGAGGAAUGGAGGAGAGAGAAAACACUGACUGUAUAUAGAGAAAGGGCAGAGUAGAGAAAAAACCAUCAUGCGUGUGUGAAAGAGAUGGAUAGGGCCAGUGUUUCUCAAGGACCAGUCCAUGAGAUCUCCCUGACACAGUUUAGGAAGGCAGUAAGCCAGUCCCUGGUAACAAAAAGGUUGAGAAACACUGGAAAGGGGAACCUGCUGGUGAGAAGGAUGAAAAGUGAGUCUGAAAUCACUAUGGCUGCAAAGCUGGGAGAAGGAAUCUGAGUGUGACACUGCCCUUGAGUUUAAGUCAUGUGGUGUCUGGGAUCCCAUUUGAUGGCAAUUUAACCGACUAGUAAAACUAAACCUAAAAAUUCCUGGUUUUGACUGAUGGGGAUUACCAAGUCUGACAACCCCACCUCCUCUGGAAUGUCAGAACUCCCAAAACAUAUGCACAAUUGCUUAGGCCUUACCUAUAGAAGAAAAUUGUAUUGAUUUGAAUUAAAUCUGUUUAGAACCAAUAUAGUUAGUUUAAUGCAACCUCCUUGUGUGAGGCACAAAAUAAGAGUCCACAACAAGGUGUUCUGAAUCCUUCCUGUUCCAUCAGACAUCACAUAGGAUAUAUAUAAGCUCAGCCAUUAACCAGGGGUUGCAUCAAUUUAACUAAAUCUGUCUCUAAAUUGCUUUUGUUAAAUAAAUACAGCUUUCUUGUGUAGCUAUGGCCUUUUUGAAAAGGGCUGGCUCCUGAUGCUGUUCAGGACAUUUAGGGCUCCAGUGAGUGGCCAGGUUGGCUUAAGCAGUAACAAGCCAGAAGCGCAGCCUAGAGCAGGUUGUCCUCAUUUCCUUUAGAGCUCUGAAAAUUUUGACUAUUUCCAUGUGAUAGCCUGAGAGUUUCUGUUUGCAACAUUCUCUGCAGAAGGGCCAGUGACUAAAAUCCCUGCAGCUUUCCUUACCUGUCCCUAUAUUACCAGCUAGACCUGUUGGAGGCUGUUUCAGUACAAUGCUCUGUUUCCCCUGGAAAGUUGUCUUCCCAUGACAGCUGCUUCCUAUAUCAUCAGCUGCUGUGAGCUCCAAUCAAGCAUUCACUCUCUUCUUUUCAGGCAUCAGAGAUGACCCCUAGCCCGUAAGUACUCAGAGGGGCCACAAGAUACCAAUUCCACCACAGUGUGACUAGUUUACCUGGGGGUAGGAGCUACAAAACUUCUGAUGUGGGAGCCUGGAAGAAACAAAUGUAUGUACAUCCAGUACUUCCCAAGAGUUUGAAUAGUUGAAAAUCAGGUUGGCAUUUUUUUAAGUUGAGGGCUUAGUGCAUUGCAGGGCUUAGUGCCUGGACCUUGGUGCUAUUGCAUCAGUGCUGGGUUUGGCCAAGAAUGUAAAUCACAGCAGGGAUUCUGCUCAGUGUUCAGGAAUGUGCAGUGGGUGACAUUGAAGCAUUAAUCAUGGAGCUGUGUCUUUUGGCUGGCAGCCCAAGCCUGGAUUGAGUCUGCAGUUCCUGGGAAGCUGCACCCACAAGGGCAGCACAGGGCCUUGAAGAGCGAUGAUUAGCUGCUCCACUGCAUGCUGUGGGAGGGAGGUUGUUAGCCACUCCACUACAUUUGUCACUUUUGGAAACGCAGAAAGAAUCCUAUUUUCUAGCUCUAUUUUUUCAGCUACUCUUGUGCAUUUUCCCAUUCAUCUGUAUUGAUCUGAGCUGCAUGAAGACAAUAGAGAUGAAAUAAAUGGUUCCGAGUGUG